UAACACGAUGAAGUCGUGAGAUUAUAAUUAGGAAGAUGUAGGCUGUUAAGCAGUUGGCCAUUUUGUUGUGAGGGAUUCGAGAGAGAGAGAGAAAGAGAAGGGAGGAGGUUUGUAUUGUUUCGCAGCAGGGAAGGAGGUGGAGAAAAAAAUAGGGCUAUCAGUUCCACUCAGAUAACCCCCCACAACGUCAUUGGCCCUCUGGCCAUGCCAUGACCCCUGGGGCCUGAACUCAGUGGUCAUGUGACCAGGCUGAAAGUGACCAGCAGGCUUGACUGGGAGGAGGAGGAUCAGAGCCAGAAGGAGCUGAGAGGAGAGGACAGGACAGGAGAGGAGUGGAGAGGAGAGGAGAAGACGGAAGGGCAGAGAAAGACAAGAAGAAGAAGGACAGAGAGAGGGAGCGUCAUGAGGCCUAAGCCCUUCACAACGAGGAUACACUUAUGACUGAAUGGCAGGAGAGACAUCAGAUGGAUUCAUGGGAAGUAGAUGACCAGGCUGAGCAGCGCUCCUGUCUCAUCUGCGGAGACCGAGCCACCGGACUGCACUAUGGCAUUAUUUCCUGUGAGGGCUGCAAGGGCUUCUUCAAGCGCAGCAUCUGCAACAAACGUGUCUACCGCUGCAGCCGUGACAAGAACUGCGAGAUGUCACGCAAACAGCGCAACCGCUGCCAGUACUGCCGCCUGCUCAAGUGUCUACAGAUGGGCAUGAACAGGAAAGCGAUCAGAGAGGAUGGCAUGCCAGGGGGAAGGAACAAAAGCAUUGGGCCUGUUCAGAUCUCGGACGAGGAGAUAGAGCGGAUCAUGUCCGGUCAGGAGUUUAAGGAUGAGGCCAACAUGGCAGAACACACCUGGGGCAACAACGGCGACAGCGAUCACAGUUCCCCUGGCAACGGCGUCUCCGAUGGCAACCAACCUUCUCCCGCAUCCACACUCUCCUCCAAUCGCUCGGUGGAGCUGAAUGGCUACACGGCCGCUCUCAGGGAGCAGUACAUCGGCAGCGCCGUCGCCCAGCACUACCAGUUCCUGCCUCACCUGUUCGGCUACGCGGCUCAGCCUCGCAGUCUGUACCCUCAGAGUCAUACCCUCAUCAGCCAGCUGGUGGCAGCAGAGGAACUGGCACCACUGGGCACUCCCAUGCUCAUCGAAGACGGGUACCGGGUGACCCAGGUGGAGCUGUUCGCCCUGCUGUGCCGCCUGGCCGACGAGCUGCUCUUCCGUCAGAUCUCGUGGAUCAAGAAGCUGCCGUUCUUCUGCGAGCUCUCCAUCGAGGACUACACCCGCCUGCUGAGCGCCACGUGGCAGGAGCUCAUCCUGCUCGCCUGCCUGACCGUCUACAGCGCCCAGAUCCUGGGAGACCUCGCCAACGUCACCGACAAGUACACGCCAUCUGAUCACGAGCUGCAGGGGUUUAGUGAGGAUGGCAUGGAGGUGAUGGAGAAGCUGAUCUAUCUUUUCCGUAAGUUCCACCAGCUGAAGGUCAGCAACGAAGAGUACGCCUGCAUGAAGGCCAUCAACUUUCUGAACCAAGAUAUCCGGGGUUUGACUAACGUGGCCCAGUUGGAGCAGUUGAAUAAGCGUUACUGGUACGUGUGUCAGGAUUACACCGAGUACAAAUAUCCUCACCAACCCAAACGCUUCCCGGAGAUCAUGAUGUGUCUUCCUGAAAUACGCUGCAUCGCAGGGAAGUUGGUGAAUGUUCCGUUAGAGCAGCUCCCCCUGCUGUUCAAGGCGGUCCUGCACUCCUGUAAGUCCAGCCUGAACACCUACAGGUCAAACACCUCCCCCUGUGUGACGAAGGGCUCCACCCCUGCCAACUGAAAGGCCCGCCUCUCGUCUCCUAACGACGCACACGGGACGGAGACGGCGGUCACGGAGGUGUUGCCCGGGAAUGUCUCGACCUAAGAAAAAAAAAAGGAAAGAAAGAUAGAAAGAAAGAAAUGAUGAAUGUGACUAGCAGCUAUUUUAUACGUUAUAAUUUUUAUCCCCUCUCUCUAUUUAUUACCAGACAGAGCUGAAUGUAUACUGAUGUACACUGCACACACUCGCUGCUGCUCGUACGCUAAAUGCACAAACUCCGCGGCAGAGUCGCUGCUCGCUCGUCCGACUGCAGAAUGUGUUCCACUGCUGGGGUUAGGAGACUUCACACAGUCCACUUCGGGUCACUCAGAGAGACAGAUAUACAACUUAUACACAACCUGGACAGAAAUAUAGACACACUUACACACACACACACACCUCAGGUAGAGCUGUCUCUCUCUCUCUCUCUCUCUCUCUCUCACACACACACUAUACA